GCUCUGCUGUGCCUCUUGAGCACUUUCCUCCUGCUACCGAAAUAUAUCUUGUAUCUACUGCUGUUAUUAUCUACAAUGGUUCGGCACAAAAAGGACAACUAUCCUCGAGGCGGCAAGAAAGGGCCUCCCCGCCACCACCGAGCACCCCGCAGCGACGAUAAUGCGGCAGAGGGCGACCCUUCAAGACCACCGUUCAAGGCAGCAUGCUGGGAUCUUGGCCACUGCGACCCGAAGCGAUGCUCAGGGAAGAGACUUAUGCAAUUUGGAUUAAUGAGGGAACUCUCAAUUGGUCAUAAACAUCCUGGAGUUGUGAUCUCACCAAAUGCGAAACGAAUCCUCUCACCAGCAGACCGAGACCUCCUUGAGCAAUAUGGCGCCGCAGUUGUCGAAUGCUCGUGGGUGCGAGUGAAGGAAGUUCCCUGGUCCCGAAUUGGUGGAAAAUGCGAAAGACUAUUACCAUACCUUAUUGCCGCAAACUCUGUCAACUACGGUCGUCCAUGGAGACUGAACUGCGUCGAGGCCCUGGCAGCCUGUUUUUACAUAUGCAGACACGCAGACUGGGCAGAAGAGGUGCUGAAGCACUUUUCAUACGGCGAGGCGUUUAUAGAUAUCAACUCACAGCUACUUAAACGGUAUGCGGCGUGUGAGAAUGAAGAGGAUAUUAAGAGAACAGAAGAGGAAUGGCUCGCCAAGAUUGAGCGCGAAUACAAUGAAAGCCGCGCAGAGCGAGAAGCGGGGGGAGCUGACGAUAUGUGGAAGCGAGGAAACACCAACCGUCAAAACGUUGCAGCGUCUGAUGACGAGGAAAAUGACGGUAAUGAAGAUAAGAGUGGCGAUGAAGAGGAAGAAGAUGGUGAAGAUGAGCAGGAAGAUCGGGAUCCAUAUGCGAUUUCAGAUGAUGAAGACGAUGAAGAAGAAAUGGCAGAAAUAAGACGGAAAGUCCUCAACUCCAAGAGCUUUCAAACCCCUUCCGCAUCCGACACUAAACCACAGCCGGAACCAAUUUCUCGGCCAGAGACAUUGCCUGUUGAUUCCGAUGCCGAAUCAGGGUCUGCAGGAAGUGAAGACGAAGCAUUCGACAAUAUCAUUAAUGCCACGCCAGUCACAGAUCGGACAGGGAUCAUGGCAAAACAACGACGUAAAACCAGCGAUGAUAUUACGGCUUCCUUUUCAAGGACAGUGAUUUCGGCACCAAAGAAAUGGUGAAUAGCGAGUCCAGGAAAUUCAGAUACAAAGAACACGCGAUACAUUGCAACUACAAACAUGGCUAUGUCGCCAUGAUAAAUGACACAAAAUAUGACCAGACCGGAAUUUGGAUUUCUGCGUCCGGUUAUGUAUGACAAGGUGUUACCCCAAUUCUACCUCUUAUAGCCCUAGGCUCAGCUGCCUUCGAAAAUCAACAAAGAGCCGAAGACUGAGGAAAAAGUGGUUGUAUUACGAAAGUCGAAAUCCACGCAUCAAAACGACAGCCUAUGUAAUUACCGAUUCAAGAGCGAAAUUUAGAUUAAAACGAAAUAAAAGA